AUGUCCCUGUGCUUCAGUCUCCAUCGCCUCGCAUGCGACCAUGCGCAGUUAUGGAAUCUUGGCGGCGGAGACACCGAACACGGAGGAUCGCACAGCACCCUAGGCCGGCCCAUCUCAGACGAGGAUCGCAAGGGCUUCUGGGAGCUUGUGAAGCUGGACCUCGUCUUUCGAUUGCUUCCCAGUCAACCACUUGCCAUCAAAUCUUUCCAAUUUAUCGAUUGUUCAAAUAGCUCCUACAUUGGACUUGAAGUGUUGGCCAAGACAGGCGAAAUGUGCGAGAAGAUAGAGGAGAUCUAUUCUGAACGGGACAUGAACACGCAUCAGGACGAAAGGCUUCUGAGCGCUCAUGAGCAGUUCAGAAAGUCAUGGAUGACAUCAGAAGUCGCGCUGCUUGCGCCGAUUAGUAUGGUCUGCAUGCUUCGUUAUGCAACUGCAUUGGUGCGAAAGGCCGAUAAGCCAGAAGACGUCGACAUCGAAAUGGUAAAGAAACCAUUGGUACUGAAAGCCUGUCGGCGCAUGUUGAAGACAUCAAACGUCCUGCUAGAGAAGCACGCUGGCAUGGGUACGGUGUCCACACUGUUGAACUUCCUGCGGGUCGAUCUGCCUUAUACCUAUCUUACACGACAUCUUUUGCAGAUAUCGGCACAUCUACGACCGGAAGAGGACAAGGCGCUCUUGGACACUAUUGCUCAAAAGCUUGCAACUCUGGCGCUGGAUAUUGUAGUGUUGAAGCCCCUGGCAAGGGCAACCUACAGACUAAAGCUGAAUCUCGGAUGCUGA